CAGCUACUAGGCUCUCGAUAAGGUUCAUUCGAAGCGUCGCCACCCUCUCGUCUCCCCCUCCCGCCUCCGCCUCGCCGCCGCCUCGAGAUGCUCGCGACCCCCGGCGCGCUCCACCACCUCCUCCUCCUCCCGCCGCCGCCGCACACGCAACUCGCCUUCCACCAUGCCGUCGGGGGCGUCCCCGCGGCGCUGCUCCCGCUCCCCCGCCCCCGCCGCGUAGCAGCGAGCGCCUCCACCUCGCGUCGCGGUGGCGCGCGAAGGAGAGCGGCGGGGGCUAGGGUUAGGGCUUCCGUGGGCGAGGAGGCGCCCCCCGUGGUGACCGAGGAGGCGAGCACCUCCGGCGGCCCGACCAAGUUCUCCACGAAGAUUCCCGUCGGCGACCGCCACAUACUGGUGGAGACAGGCCACAUAGGGAGGCAAGCAAGCGCUUCUGUAAUGGUCACGGAUGGCGAAACAAUUGUUUACUCCUCCGUCUGUCUUGCUGAUACACCAAACGAUCCUUCUGAUUUUUUCCCAAUGUCAGUUCACUAUCAAGAACGCCUUUCAGCUGCUGGAAGAACUAGUGGUGGUUUCUUUAAACGAGAAGGAAGGGCAAAAGACCAUGAGGUUUUAGUAUGCAGAUUGAUAGAUAGGCCCCUACGCCCUACUAUGCCCAAGGGCUUCUACUACGAAACUCAGAUUCUAUCCUGGGUUUUCAGUUAUGAUGGUAUUCAUUCCCCCGAUAGCUUGGCUAUCACAGCUGCUGGUGUAGCCAUGGCACUCUCUGAAGUUCCAAAUAAACAAACAAUUGCUGGAGUGAGAGUUGGUAUGAUCAAUGAUCAGUUUGUUGUUAACCCAACCACUGAACAAAUGGAUGACUCAGAGUUGGACUUGGUGAUGGCUGGGACCGAUAGUGCCAUACUGAUGAUAGAGGGCUAUUGUGAUUUUCUAACUGAGGAGAAGCUACUUCAAGCUGUGGAAACUGGGCAGGGGGCAAUUCGAGAAAUCUGCAAAGCAAUUGAUGGUCUUGUCCAGAAAUGUGGAAAGAAGAAAAUGUUCGAUGCUAUCGACUUACCACCCCCUGAACUCUACAGGCAUGUUGAAGAUAUUUCUGGAGAUGAGUUGGUGAAGGCGCUGCAAAUAAAAGAGAAGAUCCUCAGAAGAAAAGCUCUUUCAGCAUUGGAGGAGAAAGUAAUAACAAUACUUUCUGAACAAGGAUAUGUUGCUAAAGAUGAGUCAUCUGGAGUCAGUGAAAAUUUAGCUGAUGUAAUUGAAGAAGAGGAUGAGGAUGAAGUUAUAGUGGAUGGUGAAGUGGAUGAAGGUGAAGUUCAUAUCAAGCCAGUAUCAAGGAAACCCCCACGUCAGUUAUUCUCAGAAGUUGACGUCAAGCUAGUCUUCAAGGAAGUUUCAUCCAAAUUUUUACGGAGACGGAUUGUAGAGGGUGGAAAGCGAAGUGAUGGAAGGAGUCCUUGUGAGCUUCGUCCCAUUAAUUCUCAAUGUGGAUUACUUCCUCGAGCACAUGGUAGUGCACUAUUCACAAGGGGAGAAACCCAGGCACUGGCUGUGGUCACUUUAGGUGACUAUCAGAUGGCACAGCGAAUUGAUAACCUUGUUGAUACUGAGGAAUCGAAAAGUUUCUAUCUUCAGUACACAUUUCCUCCAUCAUCUGUUGGUGAAGUUGGUCGAAUUGGAGCACCUAAUAGGAGGGAGAUAGGACAUGGAAUGCUUGCAGAAAGAGCCCUGGAACCAAUUUUACCUCCUGAAGAGGAUUUUCCUUACACUAUUCGAGUUGAGAGUACUAUCACCGAAAGUAAUGGCUCCUCCAGCAUGGCUUCUGUCUGUGGAGGUUGUUUAGCACUUCAAGACGCUGGUGUUCCAAUAAAGUUCCCUGUUGCUGGAAUAGCAAUGGGCUUGGUUCUUGAUACACUGGAAUUUGGUGGAGAUGGCAAGCCACUUAUUCUCUCUGAUAUUACGGGUGCUGAAGAUGCCUCUGGUGAUAUGGAUUUUAAGGUUGCUGGUAAUGAAAAUGGUAUAUCUGCUUUCCAAAUGGACAUCAAGGUAGUGGGGAUAACUCUGCCUAUAAUGGAACACGCCCUUCUUCAAGCUAGAGAUGGUAGAAAACAUAUUUUAAAUGAAAUGUCAAAAUGUUCACCUCCACCAGCAAAAGUACUCUCUCCAUACGCUCCCUUAAUCCAUGUCAUGAAGGUCAAGCCAAACAAGGUGAAUUUAAUAAUUGGUUCUGGUGGAAAGACGAUAAAAAGCAUAAUUGAGGAGACUGGCGUUGAUGCUAUUGACACUGGAGAUGAUGGCACAGUAAAAAUUACCGCUAGGGACUUAUCAAGCUUAGAGAAGUCAAAAGCUAUAAUUGCUAACCUUACCAUGGUUCCAAAAGUUGGAGAAAUUUACAGGAACUGCGAGAUCAAAACAAUUGCACCAUAUGGAGCUUUUGUUGAAAUUGCACCAGGGCGUGAGGGUUUAUGCCAUAUCAGUGAGUUAAGUUCGAGUUGGUUGGCCAAGGCUGAGGAUGCUUUCAAAGUCGGCGAUCGCAUUGAUGUCAAGCUAAUUGAGAUAAAUGACAAGGGUCAACUUCGCCUAAGUUCUCGAGCCUUACUGCCUGAUGCAAAUCAAGAAUCUAGCAGCAAGCAACAAGCAGGUGGUUCAACUAGGGAGAAGGCACCACAGAAGGAUAAUCUUGUUAAGAUGACAACAAGAAGACCCAGACGUAAGAAGCAAGCAGAGGCAUCUACAGCUGAAAACAAUGCAACUGCUUCACCGAAGGAUUUGGCUUCACAAGGCAGCGAAAUGGGAACGGAAUAGGGUGGACAGAAGCAGUGUUCACUUUAUCAAAUGAUUGCUUGUGAAGCUUUGCCAACUUAAAACGUAUCACCACAAAAUGCAGUGAACAUAUGACAGGAACUCCAUUGCAAGGGUCAAGACAUUUACCCAGCCGUAAGUGAAGGAUUAAUUGGCUGAUGUUUUGAGUGUUCAUGCUUGAUGAUAUGUUGAAUUUUGACGCUGCCGUAGAAGCGAAAUUCAUUUUGAGUUUAGUUGCUGCUUCAUACUGCACUGUUUGGCUGUGUUUCAAGUCUUUCAGAUGUACGAAGCUGCAUUCUGCUGAUUAGUUUCGCAGAUUUUUUGUCAGAAGAGUAAUCACGAAGAAGCCAAGAAAGUACAUACGCAAUUUCCUCCAUUAGUUUAGCAGUUUAACACAAGUCAGCAUCUUAGUGAACUAUUGUAACUCAAACAUGAACCCCCGUUGUGGGUCUUUUGUUGGAACUUCCCUGUUUUCCACUUCAUUA